GCCCGUGAGAGAGACAACCAGCGUGCUACGAUCUUUCCCUCUCCUUUUUACUCGCUUUUGGAUACACGGAAACCACAUUUUCCUUCUGAUUUUUCGACAGGAUUGAGAUGUUACAUUAUAGGUUCUCGGGAGUACUAAAGGAGUUGUCAAACGCCAGCUUGAAGCGACCCUUACCUGCUCAGAAGUCGUGGUUAUCUGCGCGCUCUUGCUGCUUUGGCAUUGGUCCCUCCUCCACAGAUGCUAGCGCCGUGAAGACUCCCCAUGCCGCCGCAGCUUCUGCCGCUGUUCACCGUCAACCUUUGCGCACUGCCUCUCCCAAUGCCGCAUCCCCUUUCCGCACGUAUUGCACUAAAACUGAGGGCGCGGUAGCUGUGGAUGAGCAGCCGAAGAAAGAUGGCACUGAAGCAGACAAGAGAAGAAACUCAGGCAUUCUCCCCAGCCUGGAGGACCUGCUCUUCUACACAGUCGCUGAAGGUCAAGAGACGAUUCCUGCACACAAAUUCCUCACUGCUCUUAAAACCACAGGCCUGCGCACAGGUGACCCACGGCUGAAGGAAUGUAUGGAGACACUCAAAGAAACACUAAAGGAAAGUGCAGACGGAGUUACACUGGACAGACUACAGUUCAAAAAAUGUGUCCAGAGCAACAUAGUUCUUCUGACUCAGGCUUUCAGGAAGAAGUUUGUGAUCCCGGAUUUCCAGCCUUUCUCAACUCACAUCGACGAGCUGUACGACAGCGCUGGAAAACUGACAGGGGGGCAGGUGGCAGACUACAUUCCUCAGCUGGCCAAGUUCAGCCCGGACCUGUGGGGCGUGUCCCUGUGCACCGUGGAUGGACAGAGACACACAGUGGGCGACACCAAGGUCCCGUUCUGCCUUCAGUCUUGUGUCAAACCUCUCAAAUAUGCGGUUGCAGUUCACGACCACGGCACAGAGUACGUGCACAGCUUCAUCGGCAAAGAACCCAGCGGCCUGCGAUUCAACAAACUCUUUCUCAACGAAGAAGAUAAACCUCACAACCCAAUGGUGAAUGCUGGAGCCAUUGUUUGCACCUCUCUGAUAAAGCAGGGAGCAGGCACAGCAGAGAAAUUCGACUAUGUCAUGAACUUCCUAAAGCAGAUGGCCGGGAAUGAAUACGUCGGCUUCAGCAAUGCCACAUUCCAGUCGGAGCGUGAGUCAGGGGACAGGAACUUUGCCAUUGGCUAUUAUCUGAAAGAGAAGAAGUGUUUUCCUGAUGGCACGGACAUGACUUCAGUGCUGGACUUCUACUUUCAACUGUGCUCUAUUGAGGUGACGUGUGAGAGUGCCAGUGUCAUGGCAGCAACUCUGGCAAAUGGAGGGAUCUGUCCCAUCACCGGAGAGCGCGUCCUGAGCCCGGAGGCCGUGAGGAACACUCUGAGCCUCAUGCACUCCUGCGGCAUGUACGACUUCAGUGGACAGUUCGCUUUCCACGUGGGACUGCCGGCCAAAUCCGGGGUGGCGGGGGGCAUCCUCCUGGUGGUCCCCAAUGUCAUGGGCAUCAUGUGCUGGUCUCCGCCUCUGGACAAACUGGGCAACUCAGUCAGAGGCAUCCAGUUCUGUACGGACCUGGUGGAGUUGUUUAACUUCCACAACUAUGACAACCUGAGGCACUUUGCAAAGAAGUAUGAUCCACGACGUGAAGGAGGGGACCAGCGGCAGCAAACACGUCGGCCCAUGGAUUACGAGAGUCUGCAGCAGGAGCUCGCUCUUAAAGCCCCACUGUGGAAAAAAGUGUGUCCCACGGAAACCAACCAGGACAGCUCCACCACUGUAGUGUAUAGGAUGGACAAUACAGUCAGCGAAGUCAACUAGACACCACCCUUUAUAUUUAUUGUGAAUAUUUAUUGUGGUAUGCUGGUUACUGUGUGGGUAACUCUGCGAAUGGGAUGUUACACUGCAAAAAUGAAAUAGUGAUGUCAACGUAGAAUUUUGAGUUGUUUUGACUGGGUAUGAUUACUUUUUGGGCCUAUGACUUGUUGAGUUUGGUUUUGGUGUUUUUUCUUCUUAUUUCAAGCAAAAGUAUCUGGUAGUGAAGAUAAAAUUUAAUAUUGAAAUGAGUGAAAAAAUAAUAGUGGAUGAAUGUCUUUUGAAAUAAGAAAUAAAACAAAGUAGUGUAUUCAAAUGUCCAUAAGCCUAAAAAUCUAAUCAAAAUUGGUUAAAACAAAUCAAACUGUGAUUCUGAGUUCAAGUAAUCUAAACUAAUAUCACUUGUACAUUGUAUUUUCUUAAUGUAUAGCGCUUUUGUAAUACUUUUGAAAAAACUCACAGUGCUUGAUGAUACAUAAUACUUACUACUAUUACUACUACUACUAGUACUACUACUACUGCAACUAGUUCUGCUGCUUUGAAUUAUACCAGCUGACAUUGAGGCUCCGACUUGAAUGACAUGAAGAGUUUGGAGGAAAAAAAUGAUUAGUUUACUAGUGCGCCAGAUAUGUUUUUCAAAAUCAAAAAUGCUGGAAUUGUCAGAAACAUUACCCAAAGAUUGCUCAGAGGAUACAGUUACUUGUGUGUGCAAUGGGAUGCUCAAAUCAUUACAUCUUCUGCACAAGAUUCAGGCACCUUUCUACAAACCAGACGUAAUUGAUACUGACUUGACACUGGGGAGUCUGAAAACUCCCAAAAUACAAAAUGGAUGUAAACAAUUCAUUUUCAGGAGCCUGUGAUCAUUACGUGCUCUUGAUCCAGUUUAGGUUUUUGAUUUUGAAUAAAAAGGUGAGCGUGACAAACUGUAAAACUGUUAAUGCUAGACAGAGAGACUUUUUUAACAGCACAAAUCACCUCACCUGUUGUAGUUCCAACUAAAUCAGUUCGUUCUGGUCACACUGUGUUAAAAUAAAGCUCUGAUUAAAGUCUAACUUGAGUAACAGCUUCAGACAGAGCAGUGCCAUCAGUUAGCAUCACACCCCCAGGGAAUGUUGAUGACAUCAGCAUGCAGGCCUAACUGCUUUAAAGAAGAGCAGGACAUGCGUUCUUCUGCAGUCACGUUUUAUGCAAAGAGAUUUUUGACUGGCUGCACCUUGGAUAAUUUUGAUUCACUUGUUGCCUUGGUUUAGUACGAAGGUGUACUGUAUUGUAUUUGUGAGGCUGUAGAUGAUAUUGUUGAGAAAUACCAAAGAUGAAUAUUUAAAGGAAUAGUUACUUUAAAGGAUAGGUGACAGUACACUGCAAAAAAAAAUAGUUUUCAGUUAAAAAGACUUGAAUUAAAAGUAUUUAUCUUGAUUGAGUUGGUUUAUCAUGUCUGUUAUAUAUCUAAACACAUUCUUUUCUGAUGGUGCAGUAUUAAGUUGUAUUUGUUGUUAUCGAAAAAGCAAUUUUUACUGAAAUAUGGAAAAAAAAUCUAAUAAAAAAAAACAAAACAAAAAACACUGAAAUUAGUUUUAUCAUCUAAAGUAGUUAAACAAAUCCUGGUUAGAAAAUUUAACAAAAUAUUGACACUUGGAUAUAACAUGACGUGAUACUGAUUCUAAUCAAUAUGAAUAUUCUUAACUCAUUGUAACUUCAUAACUAUUUUUUGUAGUGUAAAAAGUCUUGCAAUGGUCAAACUAUAUUAACCUCACUGGGUAUGACGCACCAAAGCCUCAGAAACCUCAGGUCGAAUGUGACUGGAUGCUUGGAAGCCGAUUGGACGAUUUUUAUUUGUUGUAGUUGUGGAUGAUGUCGUAAAGGCGGGCUUCGUUUUUAUUGACACUAGAUAGUAGCAGUGUAUCUGAUAAGGGCUCUGUGUUUGUAGGGCAGGCAUGUUUGUUAGAUUUGACUGUUAUGGUUUUGAAAAAAAAGGCGCUUUUCUUAUUAUUCUACCAAAGGGGAGGUAUAGAAAUAGGUUUUUAAAUUGUGGGUGGAGCAGCAUGAAAUGUAUUAUAUCGUAAGGAAAAAAAAGGCUGUGUGAAUUUGUGCCAAUGCGGGCAAAGUGUAGUAACAUGUGCAAUUGAGUUGUGGUUCAGUCACUGUCCAUACUUAAAUGGGUGUUUUAUUGUAAUGUAGAUUAUCUGUCUGUGUUUUGGAGAUUUUCAGAUCAAAGUUGACAUUAUUCUCACCAUAAGGAAAUUUGUUGCGCAUUUGACCCAGAGAUAGAAUUCACUCUUCACUAAGAUCUUGCUAUAUUUUUUGACUAGAUGUAUCUAGUUUCGAUGAUCUGCAUACAAUGAACAUUUUGUUUUAGACCACAGAGGGUAACACUUUAUUUUACUAUUAAUGCACUCCUUAUUACUGCUUAUUAAUAUGAUACUAAGCCAUUUUUGUCCAUGAAUUAUGAUUCUAAUAAGCUUUUGGUAAUAAGCGUGUUAUUAAGGACUAAUUGCACAAGAAAUGUAGUUUUUACUUAUUUGCACUUAAUAAAUUUAAUUUACUCUUAUGUAAUAAAACACUCUCUAAACACUCUCUCGAGUCCAACUAGAAAACCAUGGAUAUACAUUUAUUAAGUACAAUCUACAUUUUUUGUGCAACUAGUCCUUAACAACACCCUUAUUACCAAAAGCUUAUUAGCAUCAUAUUCAUGGCUUAGUAUCAUAUUAAUAAGCAGUAAUAAGUAGGCUUGUGCAAAAAUAUUGAAAUAUUGAUAUAUCCUAUCGUUUAAUGUGAUGAUACAGUAUCGAUAUCGUGGGCUGCUGUAUCAGUAUAUCUCCAAGAGUAAUUUUUAGGGCUAUUUAACUAAACUAUUUUGUGUAAGAGCUACAAUUGUGUUGACAUUUUCACAGUUUUGAGUAAAAUUUUUGUUUUUCAUAUUCACUUUACACAAACUUUUAGUAUCACAGCCAUGAUUUAGCCUUUUUUUUACACUGAACUAUAUCGAAUUGAUUUGAAAUGUAUCAUAUUGAAUCGAAAGCUCAGUGUAUCAAAAAGUAUAUCUUAUCGAAGUAUGUAUCGUAUCGGCAACUUCUUAAUGAUACCCAGCCCUAUUAAUAAGGAGUGUAUUAAUAGGAAAGUGUUUGUAAAUGUCUAACUAAUAGCAGAAUAAGCUUAUGGGGAUUUAAAGAUUAUUACGCGCUGAAUAAAUACUAAUUAAUGACAAAUUAACCAUCUACAACUAGGCUAAUUAGCAGGUAGUUAGAUGUUAUUAAGUGUACCCUAAAAUAAAGUGUUACCCCACAGAGGCAUUUGUAUUGAGUAUAGCCACAGUAGCUUUUUGUAUAAUGUUAAUUAUACUUCUACAUAAAACUGGUCCUAUAGCUUCUCAAUGAUAAUCAAUUAUAGUGGCCAGGAAUUGACUCCAAUUUUACAUUUUCUAGUUUUGUGGGAAAUGCUUUUUUAAAAUUCAGAUUCAAGGCAGGCAAAUUCAUUUGAACAGCAUCAAACAAUAAAUAAAAAACUCAAUUCUAUAAUGAUUUGUCCUUAUAUCCGGGCAUGAAAACAUACUGCAUAUAGUGAGAGCAUAUUUGUUUAAAUACCCAUUUGUGGACAGUGUCUCAGUCAGGUCAUGGUGAAUUUUAUUGUUUGUUUGUUGAUGAUUUUUAUUUCAGAUGUCCAUAAGUGUAACAGUAGGUCACACAUUUUUUUUAGGUUUUAAAACAUGGUAUUUGUCAAAUAGAAUAGCACAUAUUUGACAAGUCUCCAAAGUAGGUCAAAAUUGUAUCAAAACCAAAUGACCUUGAUACGUAAAGAUGCACUUACCUUUAUUCAGUUAUUGCGAAAAUACACUGAAUAACACGCAUUCUCAAGUUGAUCCUAAAAACUUUAAGAUGCAAUAGGCAAAUGUUUGAGGAUCAAAAUUGGUUAUAACUCAUAUUUUUUGCUAAUUUGACAAUCAGAUCUUGAAUUCACUAAAAAUGAAGACAAUUUUAGAUAAUAAUGUGAAAAUUAUCAAAACCAAUCAAUCAAAAUAAUAAUAUAUUUUGGACCACAUUACUUAGUCUUUCACUCUUUCAUUCAGACCAAGUUGGCAGUAGAUUUUUAACUUUUAUGUUGUUUUGUCUUGUAUUAUGUCUUUGUAAAGAUGUAAAGCGUGUUGUAAAGGUGAUAGGACAUUGAAUUGUGCAAGUCAAAUAAGGUUAAGUUCCCAUUUUCCAACAGUGUUCCUUCUUCCAUUUCUCAGUAUUGUUCAUGUUUUGCAUUGUAAAAUUGCGACUGUAGUAAAUAUUGUACAAAAGCUAUUUGUGAGUGAAUAGUUCUCAAUAUACAAAAACAGUUUAGUUUUUAUUUUUUUCAGUGGUGAGCCUCUUAAGCAAACUUCAGCCUCAUAGUUAAUGGGAUAGUCCGACAAUGAAAGUCUAUGAAAUGUUAAGCAACCUAUGAUUAUGGUUAAAUAUAAACCUUUCAUUUUGUUCUGAUUGACUUCAGACUUAUAUACAAGAUUGAACCAUCCAUUUUAGUGCUUAUCAUUAUUGUAAGCCUUUGUAGCUGCUCCUGACCACUUCUCUUAACUGUUAAGAGAAGUUACUAUGAGAAACGGGACAUCAUGUAAAAGUAUUGUUCUUUCUCAAAAGCCCAAGCCUUAGAUGUGAAAAUCUCAUUGAAUUUGACUUGAGUGAUUCUGGAGCCAAUAAUAGCAAUUUACUUUUUUAUUGUCUUUCUGUGCUAAAUAUUGUUUAAAUGUGUUUGGUUUUCAAAAGCCUCUUUCUCAUGAUCUAAUAAUCAUCAAUAGAUUCAUAAAUUAUAUGUUAUUCGUGCUUGGCCUAUGGAAUUCAAUAGUGUAACAGUUAGAAAACAGUUUUUAUUAGCUGACAUGUAAAGUAGAAAAAAGUGCACCCUGAUGAAUUACUGCUUCAAUCAGUUGGCCAUACUUUGUCAUUAGUCGAAAUGUUUGUCUAACCAAUCUUGUUUAACCCGUUGAUUACCAUAUUUAGGUCAGUGUAUUGUCAGGUUAAGAUGCUAUAUGGGCUCUAUUCAUACUUAUGUCACAAAACCCGCAGAUGUUUGGAAACAUGCGGAUGAUGACUUCCUUUGGGCUCUGUUGGUGAUAGUAACUCUGACAAAAUCUGGGAAAACUGAGAAAAUUGAGUUUUCUUCAUCUAGAUGUGAUUGUAUUCUUUCUUUUUUCCUGUUAUAAAUUGCCUAUUAAUUUGUGUAUUAUAGUUUGUCUAACUUAAUUAAAAAAAAAAAAAAAAGUCAGUGUAGUGUUCCACUGUGUUUGAAUGUGCGAUUAGAGUCCCAUCCCCCAUGGAAAGCUUUGGCAGGUUGUUAAAACCUCUGCAGCACCGUUUUUAUCACAUGCCCAGUGUCGGGAACUACACCGGAAGUCAUCAUCCGCAUGUUUCCAAAUGUCUGCAGUUAGCAUGAAUAGAACCUAUUUCAAUGGUUGCAGGGUUUGUCAAAUGUCUGCACAUCUCUUCAUCUGUGUGGUUUCUUGUUUCUUUGCACCACAUAAAAUCAACACUCAAUCAUGUUUCUUAACCUGAUUGGAGGAAAAACACUUUAACAUAUUGAUUCAUUUGACAAUCAAAUCAAUCUAUACUUUGUUAAGUAUCAAAACUGAAUCAACAUUCUAUUUUGUGAAUAUUAAAUCAAUGAAAAUAUGGCUUUUGAACACCAGGAAUUCAAAUUAUUUACCAUACUGUGUACAUUUCCCAUGUUUUGGUUCACCUUGCAUGCAUUUGUAUAAUUUUACAAUGCUAUUCUUGUUAAUUGUUUUUAUGUUUUUUCCCCACAUAUUUUAUUUGUAAAUUAGUCGUGGUCUUAAAUUUAUUGUAAAAGUACCACUUUACAUUAAGGAUUCCAAUAGACACAUUUUGUAUUAACUUUAAAUUUCAAGCAUAUUAACAAUUUGAACAAAGUCUAAUCAAAAUAAGUCAAUUUUUAUUUUAAUAGUUUUUUCUCAAAUGGUGUUUUCAAUCUUUUUCCUCUCAAAUGGCCUAGCAAAUGUGGUAUGCAUUUGCGGUACAUUUUCUACUAUUAACUUUAAGAGCCCUUUUGCAAAGUGGUACCCAAUUGAUCCACAUCACUUUUAUUAAUUAAUGAUCUUGGAAAUGCCAUGAACUUGUUUUUACACAUUUAAAAACAUUCAAACCAAAAAAAACAUGUGUUUCCAACUUCAUUAUUGCUGUCUUUUAAUUUCCAUUUUGAGUGUACAUUCACCAUUGUGUAUAAAAUCUCAUUUGCUCAAAGAUUUCGUAUUUGUUUGGCUGUAAAGAAGCUUCAUAUAUGAAUGUUGGUUUAUUUUUGCCUUGUCGUCACCUGUAAAGAGUCAAAUAAAGUUCCAUUAUCCAUUA